GAGGAGCAUUCAGUCACCAGGCGGCAGUCAGAGGGAGAGGACGCACAAUCUCAGCUCCUGCCCCACUAACACGGCUGCCAUUAGGAGUGACCGAAUUUUUUAAUAAUUUUGUGUAUAGCCUCUAAAUAUUUCAAUUAGAGGAAUAUUUCACAAGAUAUUGCUCAUUACAAGCCUACAGGAACAAAUAUCUUAAAAGUACCCACGGGCGCCCACACCCAUUACACCCACUACGACCCACGCGGCGCCCACACCAUGAGCUCAAACGGUUCCACAAGACAAUUUUUCAGCGGUACUCCACCAAGACGUAAAAAUGCAGUAGUUCCCCCUGAAAUUCACUUAUAUCCAUCACUUCAAAGGCCUAUAGAAUCCUCCAGAUAUGAGCCUAACUUCAUGCUAGGCUAUGGGAGCUAUGGUGCCUAUGGGAGCCUUCAGUACCCCAAAUACCCCAUCGCUACCCCCCAUAGGAACAGAGAUAUAGGGGGCGAUAGUGAUGGGUAUAAUAAGAAAUCGAAGGGGAAACUACUUCAUUCUGGGCUACUCUAUCCUGGUACUCCUGAGCCUCCCCCGGGGUUUUCCUACGGGGUGACGGCCAUGGGGAAGGAGGCGGGGGUCCCUGGGGGUGUGGGUAAGGAGGCCUACCCUUGGCAUAUCCCCAGGGCCUCUUUGUGGUGCCUACAUAAAGGUUAUAAUGGAGAUUUCUGCAAAGAUUGCCAGUUUAAGCACCAAGAGAGAGGCAUUGACACUGGAUCAGACAUUGACUUCGGUGACAAAGGAGGACUGGGCGGCGUUGUUGGGGCGGCAGGAGGCGGGGGUGGUGACGGCGCCUCUACCUGUUCUUCCAUCAACCCCCCGCCGACCUUCACAGCCCUAGACAAUUACCGACCCAUCCGCCCACGUCGUCCUCUCUGCCGCCACUGCUCUUGUGGGAUCAUAUUCGCAAUAACUACAGUCUUCUCAAUCUUAGUGCUUGUCCUCAUCGCUGCCUUCAUCAUAUACGUCGAGAUGGUUCUCAAACAUCAACAAAACGCGCCGAUGGACAGAAUGUGAGGAGGAGGAGGAGGAGGAGGAGGAGGAGGAGGAGGAGGAGGAGGAGGAGGAGGAGGAGGAGGAGAAGAAGAAGGAGGAGGAGGAGGAGGAGGAGG